UGUUUGCUGAAAAGUUUUAUACUGUAAUAACUUAUUUAGUGGUUUUCGCAUAACAUUCUACUCUUUGGGCAAUUAUUUGACAAAAACAAGGUUUUGUUUUAACGAAAUUUUAAAAUACUGUAAACAUAUUGUCAUAAUAGUUAAGAAACGAUAAGAUUUAAAUUAUGCCAAUAUUUGGAAACCGUAAGCCAAAGUCACCGGAACUAUCAAUCAAUGGCGGAAUUAUGAAUGAAAAUAUUAGUAAAAUGUCUAAUAAUAAUAAUAACUUGAAUUAUAAUUCAAAUAAUAGUAACAAUAAUGACAAUAAGCAUAAAAACGGUGACCACUCGUCAAUGAUGACCGAUAAUCGUAAACAUCCGCCAAAAUUAGUCUUUCAGUGCCAGUUAGCUGAGGGAAGUCAUACGACACAAGUGUCUAAUUUUUCAAAUAUUAAACAAUUAUAUGAAAAGAUUGGUCAAAGUUUUAAUAUCGCAGCCAAUGAAAUUCUUUAUUGUACAUUAAACACACAUAAAGUUGAUAUGGACAGACUGUUAGGGGGACAGAUAGGUUUAGAUGACUUCAUUUUUAUUCAUAGAAAGGGUCAAAGAAAAGAAGUUGAAAUCACUAAAAAUGAGGAAUACUUGGGUCUAACCAUCACUGAUAACGGAAACGGAUAUUCAUUCAUCAAAAAAGUCAAAGAAGGAAGUGCUGCACAUAUUAUACAGUUUAUUAAGGCAGGUGAUCAUAUCGAGAAAAUUGAUAACGAAAGCAUGGUUGGGAAACGACACUUUGAAGUGGCCAAAACACUUAAGGACAUACCUCGGGGAACGACAUUUAUAUUGCGAUUAGUCGAGCCGUUUAGAAAUAGUUUCCAAAGUAUAGGUCCACGCAGUGACUCACGUAAGUCGUCGCCAUCGAUGUCUUACGGUUCGGGAAAAGAGACGCUUAGGAUCAGGAAAAAGGGUCCGCCGGUCGUCGAGUCGAUGCCAACUGAAGUGAUUCGCGCGGCUUUGGAUCGCAUUAACCAACUCUUAGAGUCAUUUAUGGGUAUCAAUGACAACGACUUGGCCAAUGAAAUCUGGGAAUUAGGUCAACACAAGGCUAAUCCUCACGACUUUGUUGUGGCCAUCGAUGAGUCGGAUUUGCGAGAGUUUUCAUUUACCGAUGACUUCAUAUUUGAUUUGUGGGGUGCUGUUAGUGAUGCAAAAGAUGGACGAUUGGCUAAAAUAUAAUUUUAUUUUAACAACUAUUGACUUAUUUUGUUAGAAAAAUACAAAUCAUUACUGAAUUAU